AUGAAUCUAGAUCGACAGGAUGCCAUGCAUGCAGAAGGGUCCAGCAGGCAGCUGUCAAUCCUCAAAAAGAGCCUCAGAGUGGUGAAAAAGACAGCAAAGCGGAUGCGGAAAGCGUCGUGGAGUGCUGUGAAGAUGCUCAGCUGCACCAAGCCCGAUGCAAGCGCGGUCGAAUGCCUAGAAGAAAGUGCGCAAUCGUGUGCAGCGCAGGAGGAGACAAAAAAGCCCAACAGAUUCCAGGGAGCUAGCAGCAGAGACACGCAGUUCAGCAGUGCCGGCGCAAGCGACUGUGCAGACUCUGCGAAAGCCCAAAAGCAAUCCGCGCCGCCUGUGGACCUGUUUGAUAAAAACGCGAUUGGGAACAUGCCCCCACUUGCCGACACAAACUCUAUCAAGAGCCUAUAUGAAAUGCUGUGUCUUACCCAGCACAUGGGAUACGGUCCUGUGAAAAAAGUCCCAAGCAAGCCGGAGGACAUCUGCGAGAAAAACAGGCAAAUUCUCGAAAGGGUUGAAAAGCUUCUGAACAGGCUAAUUGAGGCGGUGAAGUCUGUCCGCCACAUGAAAGAUGCGUCGCACAUUCCCGUUAUGCUUAUGUUUGUUUUGCGGCAGGAGAAUCUAAAGCUUUCUGCGCGCCUGAAAAAGGCAGAGCUAGACUUCAACACCCCGUCUGUAAAGUCCCCCGAGGACCUCAUUGACAUGAACAAGCAGGUUAUCGAGUACUACAUUGCAGAGUCUAUGGAGCCAACCAUCUGCAUUGAAUACUGGAUUUCUUGCAAGCCUUCAUUGGAGGAGGCGUACUCGACACUGCACAACGACAUCGCCAUGGCGCUGGUAAUGGGAAAGCGAGCCGAAGGCACCAUGACAGAGAGCACGAUAAACUUCUAUCGCGAAGUGCUGCUUUACAUCAGGGCCCACGUCUCCCAAGAGCUUUGCGAGAUGGAAAUCGAGCAGGGCCUAACAUUCUGCCCGUCUGAGACGUUCAAGGGCCUUGUGACGACUUUUCUGCACCUUGGCCCGGUUCGCGAAUUUCUGGAGAAAAAGCGCCUUGAGAACACGCUGGAAACUUCUCCGGUCCCGGACGAGAUGCAAAGCAGCAGCACAAACGAUGCGCGCCUCAAGCCCAAACGCUUUGCAUCGUCGUUUGACAGCGUUGCGCCAGAAACAGAAGCCGGUGCCAGGCUUCUAAACGCCAUGUUCUCGAACAGAAGCCUCGCGCUGACCAAGGCCUUUGAAGGCCUGCUAGAAGAAGAAGACUCAGAUGAGUCGAUUUACUCUGACUCUGAGCCUGACUCGCUAGACGAGGUGCCAGCCAACUCUAUAGAGGAUUUGCCCAACAAAAAGCAUGGCGAUGUCUCAAAGACCAGCGAAUAG